GCGGACAUACGGGCUGGGAUGUUUAGUUUGUGACAAACAGGCGGCAGAACAACAGAAGCUGAGUUAGUGAUUUUUGCUUAGAGUGUAGUGCCCCAAAAUGCUGAGAGGAAUUCCUCAGGGUGCCAGAGACUUGUUUACACUUUUGCUGGCUAGAUCUCAGCACUGCAGCCCACGACUGACACUGUGGAAUGAAGAAUGGCAUAGAUGCUUUUUACCACACUUCAGUUAUACAACUGAUAUAAGAUCAAAAGAAGAAAACAAGAAAACUGUGGAGAAUCUGAGUAGCUUAUCAGUUGAUAUCAAGAAGAUUCGCAGGCUAAAAGAAUGGGUCCUUUUUCAGGAUGUGACGUAUGUUAAAGAAAUUGCUAGUAUUUUACAAGAAAUGGGUGCUGAUGACGCUACCAUAGCCAAUGUUUUGGAACGGUGUCCUGAGGCAAUUCUCUGUAGGCCAGUAGAGGUAAAUUCACAAAGAGAUCUGUGGCAUUCAGUAUGGCAAAAUGAAAAGCAGCUGGUAAAAUUAAUAGAACAAUUUCCAGAAUCCUUUUUUACUGUUGAACACCACGCGAACCAGAAAGCUAACAUUCAGUUCUUUCAAGAGUUAGGACUCAAGAAAAAUAUAAUUGGCAGACUCUUGACAAGUGCACCCUCUAUUUUUCAUAGGCCUGUUGAGAAAAACAACCAUAUGAUAGAGACGUUACAAAGAAGUUAUCUGCAUUUAGGCGGUUCUGAUGCCAACCUGAAGGUCUGGCUACUGAAAUUAUUAAGCCAAAAUCCAUUUGUUUUGUUAAAUACCUCUGCAGCUGUCCAAGAAAACCUGGAAUUUCUCCAGAAGAAAGAUUUCACGGACACUGAAGUUUUACAACUGCUGUCUAAGCUUAAAGGGUUUCUAUUUCAACUUACCCCUAACACUAUGGAAAAGAGCAUUUCUUUCUCCAAAAAUGUUUUUAAAUGUAGUGAUCAAGAACUAAAACAGCUUGUGUUAAAAUGCCCUGCCUUUCUCUCUUAUUCUGUUCCAGUUUUAGAAGAAAGACUUGAGGGAUUGUUGAAGGAAGGAAUUUCUGUAGAUCAAAUUAGAGACACACCAGCAGUGCUAGAGCUGACAACACAAAUUGUUCAAUACAGAAUUAAAAAACUUGGUGCUUUAGGAUAUGAUAUCAGAAAUGGAAAUCUAGAACACUUGAAUGGUACCAAGAAAGAUUUUGAAGUUACUUACAGUAAGAUACAACUGAAGAGAGAGAGACCAAUGUUUAAUCCUGUUGCUCCUUUAAAUAUUGAAGAGUAAUUCAUGCGUGCCGCCUUUUCAGUUAUGCAAAAGAAAAUCAUCUGGAAAGAGAGAGAUCUUGAUCCUUCCUUAAAAACCAAAAACACAAAUAACUGUAGCCAACUUUAAUUCGGUGACAUGAAGAUGUACAGGAGGUGGCUUUGAUUCACAGCUCAGUACUAGUUUUCAAACCACCGGGUAAAAAAUGACCAUAUUGAAUAUUAGCUUGCUACCCUAUACAUAUUAAAGACCAGCUUUUUAGUAUUUGUCCUAAGCAUAGCCCAUUUUUUUUAAAAUUUCCCGUAGCUAACUGAAGAUCAACUUUCCUGGCUUUUUUUCUAUUGGCCUUGCGCUAUCCAGUCUAUGAUAAUGCUGAAAGCAAUUAUACAAAUCACUAGAGCAGUGAUUAUCAACUAGGCUGCCAUGGCACCCUGGGGUGCCAUGAGAUCCUGUCAAGAGUGUCACAGGGCUCUAUGCAAUGUUAGCAGUGUUAGGCUGACAAACAUGAUUUACAAGAUAAACCCAGACAUUUCAAAUAGAAAUCCAGAGUGGUAGUCUUUCUGGGAUCUUUCCAACAAAAAAACUGCUCUAUUUUUUCAGUAGCAAAAAAAGUGUGUGAAAAAUAAGAGCUGGCGCUUUCCAAGGGGUGCCUUGAAUCUAAAAAGGUUGAACACCACUGCACUAGAGGAUGGCAGUGGCCUGCAUUUUCAAUACUAUUUGUCAGCCAAGUAGUAAAUAAAAGGCUUUGAGAAAAGUCAAGUAACUACCACUGCAUUAAAGGAACCACUAGAGCCUGAGUGCAAACUGAAGUUGGCAGACUGCCAGAGUAACGGGUACAUAGCUGGAGGGGACACUAAGAGGAAGGGCAAAGACUAUUUUUAUACAGACUUUUACAAUGGGUACUUAUUUGACUUGAUUAGGUAUUUAAUAUUGUGAUAA